AUGGAUAAAAUUCAAAAAUAUAUAUUAAAAAAAAAAACUAGAAAAUAAAACUAAAUAUAUAAAGCCCUUAGUAAGCUUUAUAAAAACAGAAAGUACAUCAUAAGGGAAAUAUAUUAAACAGAGAAAAAUUAUGUGGAAGACUUAAAGAUGAUUUGUGAAUUGAUUGUCGAUAAAUAUACAUAAUAAUAUGGAAUCGAAGAGUCGAAAAAAUUGUUUUCAAAUAUCAAAGAAAUCGUUGCAGUUAAUGAAUGGUUUUUUGAUAAGUUGACUGAAAGAAUUUAAUCAGAAAAUCAGAAAUACUAAAAGAAUUAUAAAUUAUAGAUCGAAUUGAAGGAUCAAUUUGGACACGAAAACAGUUAAUUGUUCUAUUUUCAAAAUUAAGAGAAUUUAUUGUCCAAAUUUGAAUGCUAUUAUUUGUAUUGCGAAAGAUAUAGCACUAUCAAAAAUUUACUUAUUAAAAUGAAAAAUGAAAAUGAAAACUUUAAAUAAUUUCUAAUGGAAGCAGAAAAAAACCCAUUAAUGAAAUCCAAUCAAUUGGAUGAUUACUUGAUUAAGCCAAUUCAAAGAUUACCAAAGUACAUAUUACUUCUAAAAGAUUUGAAAAAGAACACUCCAACUUAAACCAGCAAUUCUUUGUUUAAUGGCCUCGAUUACAUUUAACAUCCUGAUUAUGAGAAUAUUUGUAAAUUAUUAAAUGUCUUUGAGAAGAUCAAUGAUAAAAAUAAUGAAAAGAUUGGUGAAUUUUAAAAUCUAUAAAAAAUGAUAGAUAUACAAAAGCAAUAUGGAAGUGCUAAGUUAAUUAUUAAUAACAAUAAAAGAGUGUUUGUUUUGGAGGAAAAUCUUGAAUACUAUGUGAAUGCUUAUUAAAAAAAAAACAUUUAAUUGUUGUGCUUUAGCGAUGCUAUUUUAUUAAUUGAAUUUGAGUACUCUCUAUUUGGUACAAAAUAGAAAUGUAUCGCAAUGAGUGAAUUUUCAUUGGCCUCUGAAUUCAAUAAAAUCAAUUCCUAAUAAGGACUAUUGUUCAAAGUAACAACCAAAUAGAAGGUAUUCAUUUUUAUAGCAAAUGAUACUAAAUAAUUAAAUAAGAUAGAGAAACUACUUAAAAUUACUAUUGCAACAUUUAUUCAAGAAAAAAAGAAUAUGCUUGAUGAAAGUGGAGGCAAUACAGAUACUACUUGGGAUUAAUUAUAAAUAUAAGUAAGAGUUGAAGGAACAGAAGAAUAUAAUUAAGCAUCCCUUCAAAAUUACAUAGUUUACAUUAUGAAGAUCUAAUUGAAAGACAUAGAAUGGAAAAUAUAUUUGAGAUACUCACAGAUUUCAGCAAUAUAUCAAUAUAUUAAAAAGAGUGAUUCAGGCAAUAAUGUGUUGAAAUUAUAAAAAAGUAAUUGGCUAUAAAUUCAUAAUAAUAAAUACUUAGAUUCUCUUAAAAUUAAUAUAGAAGGAUUUAUUCAAAGUAUCUUUCAAUGGAAAAAUUUUGAGAAAUAUAAAAAGAAAAUUCUAAUAAAAUUAGGUCUUCCUACAAACUUUAAUAUUUUACCAAAAUUUAUGGGAGACCAGAAUGAAUAAAAAUUUACAAGGAAUCAAUCGUUGAUUAAUGAAAACCAAGAUUCGAUUGAUAUUUUAGCUGAAAAGUUAAAUUAACAAUUCUUAGAAGAAUUAAAGAUUUCACAUAUGUUAAAAUCUUAUAUCAUUUAAUCAGAUGAGAAAACUGUCUCAUUUAAUAUCAAAGUGAUUUUACCUAGAUGUUUAUAAGUAAAGGAAGAGAUCAUCAAUGAUCCUAGCAGUAAAGUAGAAAGUUGGAUAAUUAAUAAGAUAACAAAGCUGGGUGAAAUCAUAGUAAAGAUUGAUAAUUUAACCAAAGCAAUGGAAAUGUGUGAAAUUAUUGCCAAAGCUAUAUAACUUUCAGAGUUUUAUGAUUUUCGAUUAUUCGUAACUGAUUUAAGAGGAAAUAGAAGAUCAUUGGAAAACAAUUAAAUUGUUUUACAAUCAGUGCCAGCAGACAAAAAUAUAUUUCCUAAUUAGAGUUUGAAAAUCUUCACAUUAUUUGAUGAGCCUUAUCGACUUGAAUUCUGUAAGUACAUAUACUUUCCCUAAACUAUUGAGUCAUAUUUAUACAAGUAAGAUGAAACCAGGUUAAAAUUGCUGGUGGAAGAGUUUUUAAAGGAAGUCAAACUUGCUCAUUUAACUCCAAAACUAUACUCAAUGAUUUAUGCUUUAUACAUUAUAAUUUAUAAAGAGAGUGAAUUUUUUUAAAAGCAUAGUAAUGUUUUGGAUAAGGAAAUUAUGAGCACACUUAUUCUUUCCUAUAUUCGAAAAUCACAAACAGAUUAAACUUGGAAUGUAAUUAUUUGUUUUAUUAAAUUAGACUUUGGUGAAAUAGUAGUUGAAAUCAAUAUACCCUGAGAUUAGAAAUCUUGUUAGAUAAAAUGAGAAAUUGUGUGUUGAAUAACAAUUGGAUUUGAAAUAACACUAGAUUUUCACAAAUAUCUAAAAUUUGGCUAGGAUUUCAAUGAUUAAUUUAGCUUAUCAAACACCUAUUUGGGGAAUCAUGACCUUCUAUGUUGGGAUCAAUAUCACGGAAGAACCAAAUAAGAUUUUAAAAACAAUUUUAUAAAAUGAAUUGCCUAAUCUCUAUAUAGGUAUAUCAUAUAAUAAAUUCUAACUGUUAAGUCCUGGAAGAAAGAAGGUGCUUUACUCUUCUAACUUAGCUCAAAUCACUAAUAUUACUGUGGAACCAAUCUAUAUAUCCAUUUAAAUAGAAAAUUUUCUUAAUGAUAAUGAAAAUUUAUGUAUUAUGUUGAAAUUCAAAACAAUUGAAGGAUACAAAAUAUCAACUUUAAUUAAAGAAUAUCAAAAUCUAAAUUAAUAAUACCCUUAAUUAUCAUAAAUCAUAAAAAUUGAGAAUUGA